AUGCCUCUAUCGAUUUUCAUGAAACUUGGCUUGGGAGAGGCUAAGGUGACUACUGUAACGUUACAGCUAGCUGACAGGUUGUUAACACAUCCUAGAGGAAUAAUUGAAGAUGUGCUUGUCCAGGUGGAAAAAUUCAUAUUCCUUGUGAAUUUCCUAAUCUUGGACAUGGAAGAAGAUAAGGAUAUUUCAUUGACACUGAGCAGACCAUUUUUGGCAAUAGGAAGAGCUUUGAUCAACGUUCAACAUGGGCAACUGAUAUUGAGACUGGGGAAAGAGCAGAUCUUGUUUAAUGUUUUCAAGGCAAUGAAACUACCUACAGAGACAGAUAGCUAUUUCCAGAUCAACGUGAUUGAUAAGUCAACGCAGUCUAAUUCAAUGGAGAUGGAAACUUGUGCAAGGUUUCUAGAUACCAACCCACCUUAUACGCGAAAAACGCAUUUUGAGGAGCUUGGAACAGGACCUACAAAACCACUACCAUCCAUUCAGUAG